ACGCAAAGCCAGCUCGUCGCAUCCAGCUCAUACCAGCGACCCAAGUCUCUGCUGCAGCAUUAGGAAGGCUCCCGUUGGCUUUUAUCAAGCUCUCGUGCGACCUCGUGAUCAGGGAAGUGCCAACGCUCGCAAUCGCUGCAACCACCAGCUCAUUUGCAUUGCAGCUCAGCUCUCUGACACCCACGCGGCCCAGCAGCCGGAGAAAGUGACAAAUGGGUCGCGGCGGCCAGCGCCCGCCGUCGCUCAGGCAGCUGCAGAGCCCGCUCGUCGGGGACGUGGCGAAAGCCGGGCUCGCGCCGCCCGAGCCCGCGGCCGAGCGCUGGAUCCUCGACCCCAAGUACGCCAUCUACGCGUUCACGUACCUGCUGUCGCUGGCGACGGGCGCCGGCGCGCACCUCGUGCCCGCCCUGGCCAAGGCGACGCUCCUCCGCUACGUCGUGAACCACGCGUUCGUGGCGCUCUCCAAGUGGGACGCCUUCGCCGAGCCGCGGCGCAUCCACCGCAAGAACCCGCCCGCGCAGCAGCUCGAGCGCGAGCUCGACUGGGACGGGCCCGUCAUCCUGUCGCCGCUGGCCUUCGUGCUCGUCGACCUGCUGACGCCGUGGCUGCGGCCGGACCGCGUCGGGCCGUGCGACGCGCGGUCCGUGGCGGCGCUCUUCGCGGCGCACUACGCCUGCGUCGAGCCCGUCUACUACGCGUUCCACGUCUGGCUCCACGGCGACUGGGCCUACCGGCGGUCGCACGGCCACCACCACGCGUCCGUCGUCACCGAGGCCGUGUCGGGCACGUCGCACCCGCUCUACGAGAGCGUCGCCUACCUCGCGAACUUCUCGCUCGCGUUCCUCGUGCCGGCCUGGUGCGGCCGCUUCAGCCUGGGCCAGAUCCCGCUCUACUUCGUGUGGUUCGGACGCCGCGCGGAAAGCCAACGUCGGGCGCCCCACGCCGUCGACGCGACGUCGCCGCCGCGGAGGGGCACGAAGGCUACCCCCGCUCACCGGCUGAUUUCCGCGCAGGUUCGACGUCAUGAACUGCGCGGGCCACUGCAACUUCGAGUGCUUCCCGCGCUGGGCCCAGUGGGGCCCGCUCAAGUACUACGUCUACACGUCGUGCUACCACUCGCUGCACCACUCCAAGUACAAGUGGAACUACUGCCUCUUCUGCCCCAUCUGGGACCACCUCUGCGGCACGGCGCACCCGACGUCGCAGGCGCUCCACCGCGAGGUCACGGACCGCGCGCGCCGGCGCCGGCCGACGGACGUCGUCUUCCUCGCGCACGGCCACGACGUGCCCUCGAUGGUCACGCACGUGCCCUUCGUGUCGCCGUUCCUCUGCUCGGUCACGCACGCGACGGGCUGGGUCGCGACGCUGCUCUGGCCGCUGUGCUACGUCUGGGCGCGCCUCGCGCAGCUGCUCCUGCCGGCGACGGUCAUGCAGCGCUACCAGUACCGCGGCACGCAGGUCGCGACGUGGUGCCUGCCCGUCGCCGCGCGCUUCUACCUCAACAAGGGCGAGCGGCCCGCGAUCCAGCGCAAGCUCGAGGCCGCCGUCGACGCCGCGGAGCGCGCGGGCGUCCGCUACGUCGGCCUCGCGGCGCUGAACAAGGCCGAGUGGCUCAACGGCGGCGGCGAGGCCGUGCGCGCGCGCUGCGAGGCGCGCGGCUACGCCGUGAAGAUCGUCCACGGCAACGCGCUGACGGCGGCCGCCGUGCUCGAGACGGUGCGGCGGAAGACGCUGCCCGAGGACACGGUGUGCGUCACGGGCGCCACGGCCAAGAUCGGGCGCGCGCUCGCCAUCGCGCUCGCGCGCCGCGGCCACGAGGUCGUCUGCCUGACGACGGCGCCCGACCGCUUCGCCGACCUCGUGCGCCAGGCGGGCGCCGCGGGCGCGCGGCUGCGGCGCGCGCACACCUACGACGACGCCGCCGCGCUGCGGCCCGACGUCUGGCUCCUCGGCAAGCUCGCGUUCGAGUCCACGAUCCACCGCGCCGUCCGCGACGACGCGCUGGUCGUCGACUACGCGGUGCCGCACCUCGUGCCGCGGCCGUCGGCCAGGUACGCCUACGUGAACGGCGCGGCGCUCGUCUACGACGCCAAGGACACGGACCUCACGUUCUGCCACGACGUCCAGGGCACCGUGCCCGCCUGUCUCGCCGCCGCGAUCGUGCACGCGCGCGACGACCUCGGCGCGCACGAGACGGGGCCCAUCGACGUCGACGCGCUCGACGGCUGGUGGGCGCGCGCCGAGCGCCACGGGUUCCGCCUCAACCCCGGCGCCGCCGUCCGCUGCGCCUAGCGCGGCCGCCCGCCGGGCGCCGGCGGCGGCGCCAGUAGAUAUGAAUCGUCUCGUUUAUGCAAUCAUUGCAAUGGUCAAUCCCCUCGCUUGUGUCGCGCGCCCCCGGGUCGCCUGGGCCGCGGGACGAAGGCCCGGGUCAUAAUAAUCGAGC